GGAGAGUGGGAGUGGUGGGGGAAGCUCUCCCUUUAAGAGGCAGCUUGCAGUGACGAAUUGUUGAAAUUGCCAUUGCAGGAUGGCAUGCCGCUAUAAAUUCAUUGUUCCACCUCCUCGCAUCUUCACAGCGCUCGCGCUGCUCUGGGCGCUCGCAGCGGCCGACUGGGGAUGACCGCGGGCAGGAGGACGCCGCCGCACCCGGAGGGGACAGGACGCGCUGCCUCGCUGGCUCUCCGCAGGCUGCCCCUAGCAUUUUUGCUCUGAUUUUUAAAAAUUUUUUUCUUUAUACGGCUCCCCCCCCCCCCCCCGCUUUCUUCUCUUCCUCCUGCUUCCAGGAAAGUCGAGGGAACCCACCUAAUAAGCAAGAAAGUAAGCUCCGAAGCUUGGAACCGCCGCCACCACCAGCGGGUCCCCACCAACAAGGGGGGGGGCACACCAGUUGCCUGCCUAGCGCCCCGCACUUUGUCAUUUUGCUGACUUUUCUGGGUGCAGCUACUGGAAUUUUAAUUUUUAUUUCAUAUUUUUAUCCCCCUUUCUCCUAUAGUUGCUUAUUCUAGAGUCACAAUCCGGACCCUUUUUUUUUUUUUUCUGAUUUCUGAUUUUUUUUUCCCCCCCUGGAGCAGGAAUCCAAACAUUUUCCACACCAACAAAGAAAAAAGUUCGCACGCUGGCCCCGCGGCCAGGACAGGCUGGCUCUGCUGCUGCUGCGGGGUCCCCCUCCCUCCGACACUUGACUCAACCUUGCAAGCGAGUGUGCGUGCCUGCGUGCUUGUGUGCCCCGGUCCCUUCCCAAGCGAAUAACAAACACCCAAGCCGGUCCCCGCGGCAAAGCCCCUCCCCGCGGGCUGCGCACUAUGCGGCUCGGGUGGGCGUCCCUGCUGCUGUGCGCGCUCCGCCUGCUCCAGGUCACCGCCAGCCCCGCCGCGGCACCUGCCCAGGAUAAAGCCGGGCAGCCUCGGGCUGCCGCAGCGGCCGCCCAGCCCCGCGGGCCGCAGGGGGAGGAGGCGCUGGAGCGGCCGCAGCCCGCCGGGCCCCCGCACCCCCUGGCGCCCCAGCGGCCCGGCGGCGGGCUGGUGCAGAACAUCGACCAGAUCUAUUCGGGCGGCGGCAAGGUGGGCUACCUCGUCUACGCGGGCGGCCGGCGGUUCCUCCUGGACCUGGAGCGGGAUGACUCGGUGGGCGCCGCUGGCUUGCUGCCCGCGGGAGGCGGACCGGGCGCGUCCCGGCGCCACCGGGGCCACUGCUUCUACCGCGGCACGGUGGACGGCAGCCCGCGCUCCCUGGCGGUCUUUGACCUCUGCGGGGCACUCGACGGCUUCUUUGCGGUGAGGCACGCGCGCUACACCCUGAAGCCGCUGCUGCGGGGACCCAGGAGCCAGGCGGAGGAGGCCCGCGUGUACGGGGACGGCUCGGCGCGGAUCUUGCACGUCUACACCCGCGAGGGCUUCAGCUUUGAGACUCUGCCGCCACGAGCGAGUUGCGAGACCCCCGCGGCCCCGCCGGGGCUGCGUGAGCGCCCCCCUGCACGCAGCAGCCCUGAACGGCGCUGGACUCUGAGCCCGCACUUCCAGGACCCGUGGACUCCCCGGUCCCAGUACGAGGCAGCUCAGGGACCACAGACGUGGUGGCGGCGGCGACGUCGCUCCAUCUCCCGGGCCCGCCAGGUGGAGCUGCUCCUGGUGGCCGACGCGUCCAUGGCGCGCAUGUACGGACAGGGCUUGCAGCACUACCUGCUGACCUUGGCCUCCAUAGCCAAUCGGCUGUACAGCCACGCCAGCAUCGAGAACCACAUCCGCCUGGCGGUGGUGAAGGUGGUGGUGCUGGGCGACAAAGACAAGAGCCUGGAGGUGAACAAGAACGCGGCCACCACGCUCAAGAACUUUUGCAAGUGGCAGCACCAGCACAACCAGCUGGGGGACGACCAUGAGGAACACUAUGACGCCGCCAUUCUGUUUACUCGGGAGGAUUUGUGUGGGCAUCAUUCAUGUGACACCCUGGGAAUGGCAGACGUUGGGACCAUAUGUUCUCCGGAGCGCAGCUGUGCUGUCAUUGAAGAUGACGGCUUACACGCGGCUUUCACCGUGGCUCACGAAAUUGGACAUCUCCUUGGUCUGUCCCAUGAUGAUUCCAAAUUCUGUGAGGAGAACUUUGGUUCCUCAGAAGAUAAGCGUUUAAUGUCUUCCAUCCUUACCAGCAUUGAUGCAUCCAAGCCCUGGUCAAAAUGUACCUCAGCCACCAUCACGGAAUUCCUGGAUGACGGUCAUGGGAACUGCUUAUUGGACAUCCCCAGGAAGCAGAUCUCAGGCCCUGAAGAGCUUCCGGGGCAGACCUAUGAUGCCACCCAGCAGUGCAACCUGACCUUUGGACCAGAGUUCUCUGUGUGCCCGGGCAUGGAUGUGUGUGCCCGGUUGUGGUGUGCCGUGGUGCGCCAGGGACAGAUGGUGUGUCUCACCAAGAAGCUGCCUGCUGUGGAAGGGACCCCAUGUGGCAAAGGGAGGAUUUGUUUGCAGGGCAAAUGCGUAGACAAAACCAAGAAAAAGUAUUAUUCGACAUCAAGUCAUGGCAACUGGGGCUCUUGGGGACCUUGGGGCCAAUGUUCUCGUUCAUGUGGGGGAGGAGUACAGUUUGCCUACCGGCACUGCAAUAAUCCUGCACCGAGAAACAACGGUCGCUACUGCACAGGGAAGAGAGCCAUCUACCGCUCCUGCAGUGUGGUGCCCUGCCCGUCCAAUGGUAAAUCUUUCCGCCAAGAGCAAUGUGAGGCUAAAAACGGCUACCAGUCUGAUGUGAAAGGUGUGAAGACAUUUGUGGAAUGGGUUCCCAAGUACGCAGGUGUUUUGCCUGGGGAUGUGUGCAAACUGACCUGCAGAGCUAAGGGCACUGGCUACUACGUGGUAUUUUCACCAAAGGUAACUGAUGGAACUGAAUGUAGACCAUACAGCAAUUCUGUCUGUGUCCGGGGAAAGUGUGUUAGAACUGGCUGUGAUGGCAUCAUAGGCUCUAAGCUACAGUAUGACAAGUGUGGAGUGUGUGGAGGGGACAACUCCAGUUGUACCAAGGUGAUUGGGACCUUCAAUAAAAAGAGUAAGGGCUACACUGAUGUUGUAAGGAUUCCUGAAGGAGCAACCCAUAUAAAAGUUCGACAGUUCAAAGCCAAAGACCAGACUCGAUUCACAGCCUACUUAGCCCUAAAGAAGAAAAAUGGUGAGUACCUAAUUAAUGGAAAGUAUAUGAUCUCCACUUCAGAAACAAUCAUUGACAUCAAUGGAACCGUCAUGAACUAUAGCGGUUGGAGCCACCGGGAUGACUUCUUGCAUGGAAUGGGCUACUCAGCCACAAAAGAAAUUUUAAUUGUACAAAUUCUGGCAACUGACCCAACUAAAGCAUUGGAUGUUCGCUACAGCUUUUUUGUACCUAAGAAGUAUACUCAGAAAGGGAACUCUGUCACUAUCCACAGCAGCAAUAAAGUGGGAUCAGAACCUCCACGUCUACAGUGGGUGACAGGCCCAUGGCUGGCCUGUUCUAGAACUUGUGACACUGGUUGGCACACCAGGACAGUGCAGUGCCAAGAUGGAAACCGAAAGUUGGCCAAGGGAUGCCUUCUCUCUCACAGGCCUUCUGCUUUUAAACAGUGUUUGCUAAGGAAAUGCUAGCCUGUGGAUAGGUUAUUGUGCAAUGACAACCAGAUGGAUUCGUCUCUGAUGCAGACAUGGUAAAUAAAAAGAGGUCUACCUAAAGGCACAGAAGGUCACACUUCAGGGUCGUUAUCAAAAGGAGUCCACUUAUGGACAAAAUCUGCUUUCUGUGACCAAAUGAAGACAUGUGUUGCUUCAUAUGACAGAGGUAUACCUUGGAACAGAGAAAAUGUGGGAGCUAGUAAACCUCCUCCACAUGACAAGAAUAAAUAAACACUGAUGAAUGUAGAAUCAGGGGACAUUUGAAGAUGGCAGUAAAGUCUCCCUCUUGUCAUCUACCUCUUACAGAAUGUCUUCAAAGGCAUUGGAACCAUUUUCACCCAUAAUGCACAGUAGCUUAUUUUUACUGUUUGUAAAUACAUUCUCCCUUGAUAUGUCACUUUAUAUCACUUGGUUCAAUUAAAAAAUAUAUAUACAUAUAUAUAUAUAUAUAUUUCUAUUAAAAGGUGUUUGACCAAAGUAGGUCUGCAGCUAUUUCAACUCCUUCAAGUUUCCAGAAAGAGCUGUAGAUAUUUUACUGGAAAUUAAGAACAUGCUGCUGGUUUGAUAAGAUAUAGUAUAAAUUUCAGACUAUAGGAGGCAAAAUUUUAGUCAAAACCCAUUUUAACAGGAGCAAUCUUUGGAGAAAUUCAACAAAGAGAAAGAUCUCAGUGUAUCUAGUCAUGUAAGUGCAAAUGAAGGUCCAUUCAUUCAUUUAAAAAUUCUUCUGUCUUUUUUUUUUUUUUAGACAACCUGCCAAAUUUAUUCAUCCUUAAGACACGGAAAUAGUGUUGAGGUGUCUGUAUGUUACAAGUAUUCAAAGUCUCAAAAGUUUUAUCUCAACACUAAAACAUGUAUCGUUCCUUAGUGCUAGAAUCGCACAGGGGAAGAUAUCCCUUCCCUUUAUAUUUUCCAUUUUUAUUUUUACAACUGCUUUCUAUUUCUGUGCUCAAGUCUGACAUUUCACAAAGUAUUGUAUACAUACAAAACACAAAGCAGAGCAUUUUCUGUCACAUUCAAUACCUUCAUCAUUGGUAUACCUCUUACCAGCAAGCCUUUAAAAUGCAUUUGUUUUUGCUUGUUUGUUUGUUGUGUUCCAAAGUUCUCAAAGAUCUACAGUGUUGUGUAACUCUUCUUGACUUAGUUUCAUAGGGAUAUUAACAAUGACUUAGCAGUAAGUCACAUCUAGAGUGCUUACCAUUAAUGCGAAUAAUGCAAAAAACCAAAAUAGUGGUUAAUAUUAGUAAGACUGUUUCCAUAUCACAGGCAGUAAUUCUUUUCAUUAAAAAAAAAAAAAACUUCAGUUAUACUGAUACUGUACUUCAGAUUUCUCCCAAUUGAAAGCAUUUGGUUGUACCAGUAAGUAUCUGGGUGAUGAAAUGUAAUGAUUUCUCCAUUUUUUUUAUUGCCACUAGGGUUAUCAUUGGGAUUCUGUGCCUGCACUAAGAAUCUACCACUCCUGGAAGUUAUUGAAUACUUUUAUUUUUUUUCUUUUGUUUUAUUUGAUAAGAUAGAGAGAAAUUGAGAGGGGAGGAGGAGAUAGAGAAGAGGAAAGACAGAGAAAUACCUGCAGCACUGCUUCACCACUUUUAAAUCUUCCUCUCUAUAUGUCCGGGGACUGGGAACUUGAACCCCUGUCUUUGUGCAUGGUAACAUGUGCAUUCAACCAGGUGCACUACUAUCCAACUGUUAGUUUGUUGCUUUUUAUCUCCAUAGCCUAUCUAAGAUAGGUUGUAAGUUUGAAUAGUGAGGCAUGGAAUUGUUUUGUUUUACAGUCAGGUGCAUAAGAUUCUGUUUUAAGCAGAAAAUUGCAUCCUUCUAUCCCACAGCUCAACAAAUCCAAGAUGUUUCACUGCACUGGGAUUUAUUUGUCUUUAUGAAAUAGCACAAAGUCAAUUAUUUAUAAGUUUUAUCAAUAAGUAUUCAAAUUUGCCCAUAUGAGGAUGCUAGGGAAUCUUUUAGUUCUUCUAAGGUCAGAAAAGUUUAUUUUCAUUAUAAAAUAUUUUAAUAUAAAAAUUUAUGUAGUUAAUCUUGCUAUAUAAGAUCCAUUUUAGUGAGUCAGGAGGAUGAAUGUCUAACUGUUUAAAGUAUCUUCUUAAACUAUUUGGUAUAACAAAUAAUGGUUUUACACAACUGAUAAUCAUCCUUUGUAGUUUCACAAAUUGAUCUUCCUUUUAGAUCUGGCCAUUUUUUAAAUUAAACUACAGUGAGAGAAGUGACUACAUAUCACUGGUAACCUCUACUUUUUGAUGGAGAUUACCAAAUGUCAAGAAAUAGAGACCAAAGCUAGCCAUUUAAAUGAAAAAGUAAGAUUAAAAAAAAUCACAUUAUUUGACUAUGUAGAGAAUACUGUUAGUGAAGUCAACAUUAUUUUUUUCCAAUUGUCACAAACUUUCAAUUGAUUGAAGUAUAACAAAUCUCAUUUUAGCUUUAUUUCUUAAAGCUAUAUAGACUGUAUUAUAAAAACAUAUUCGAAGGGAAGGUGUGAUUUCUGUUUGGUCUCCUUCUCUAUGUUCAUGCUUAUAUUUUUAAAAUGAUUUGUUAAUGACUCAUCCCAAGAAUGGGAGUUCAGCAGUGGUCACUAAAAUACUCCUAGGGAAUUUAAAACAACGACAAAAACCGGCUGUUUCAUGCUUUCAGGGAAUUGCUUGGUUUUGGUUUGAGUAUCAGUAGAGUGAAUGAAGAAUGUAUUUGUCAGUGCCUUAGAAAACAGAUAUAGAAAAUGAAAUUCAGAUAAAUCAUAUGUUAGACAGAUAAAAAGAGCUAUGGGUAAGGGGAAAAUGAUCUGUAAUGUAAUCUAAUCCAGUUUGAUUUUGGACUAUACUUUUUAUCACUCCAUACUUGUAAUCUUAAAUGUAAAAUGGUUAAGAAUAAUGUACUAUUUCCUCAAAAGAAACGCACCUCAAUCUGAAAAUGCUCAGAUUAAAUGCUCGGUGAAUCUAAUCUCAUUUACAAAUACUAAGCACUCCUGACUAAAUUUGAUUAAUUACAAUGGGAGUCCAGAAGAAAACUGCAUUUUAUUUCUUCUAGAAUAAAAGAUAUCAAAUUAAGCACUGCCUUUCCAUGUAGUGUUGUAAGGACACUAUGUUAAUUUAUUUAAUACAUUCAUUCUUGCUUUAGCUUUCCUGUGGAAAUAGUUUUACCCCAUUAUCUAAGAAUUAAGGGAUUAAUCACAAACAACAACAAAAAGUUGCAGCACUGAAAAAAAAGAAGUAAUUUAUUGUUUCGCAACUAGUAUGUGAAUUUGUGUGAUAAAUUUAUUUAUUUUAUUUAACAAAAGUAUGUGCACAUUUUUCUAUAUUUAAAUGUUUUGCUGUUGUCCUACUUUUUAAUUUAUGCUUCUUGUUUGUGUAUAAAUUGAGUUUACAUAAUAUACA